AGCCAGGACUGGACCAAGAACGAUGAGAAGCUCCUGCAAGCUGUAGACUACAACGAUGCGGGGAAGGUGACAUCUCUCCUCGUCCGCAAGGGCCUGGUCCCCACCAAGCUGGACUCGGAGGGCAAAUCCGCGUUCCACCUGGCCGCCAUGCGGGGGAACGUGGACUGCCUCGAAGUGAUGCUGGCUCACGGCGUGGAUGCCAUGACCAAGGAUAGCUCGGGUUACACUGCCCUGCACCUGGCGUCCAAGCACGGCCACCCACAGUGCGUCAGCAAGCUGUUGCAGGCCUCCUGCCCUGUGGACGUGGCUGAUGGCAACGGUCGAACAGCGCUGCACCACGCAGCGGUCAGCGGCUGCAUCUCGUGCUCGGAGAUCCUCUGUGAUUUCAAGGCUCCCCUGAACAUCAAGGACAAGGAUGGUUACACACCGCUGAUCCUUGCUGCCAAGAUGAGCCACUCGGAGCUGUGCCGGUACCUGGUGCACCGUGGCGCGGCUCUCAACAGCCGGGACCUGCAGGGGAGGACAGCCUUGAUGCUGGCCUGCGAGAAUGGCAGCGUGGAGACGGUGGAGGUGCUCAUCAACGCCGGUGCCCGGGUGGCUGUGGUGGACUCCAUGGGUCAUGAUGCCGUGCACUACAGCCUGGCCACGGGCAAUGCUCUCAUCCAGCACUUCCUGCAAGAAGCUGCUCAGCGCCGGUCCUGGGCCAGCGAAGAGGAGUCAACUGAGCAGACGUCCCAGACAUCUUCACCCAGCCAGUCAUCUGUCAGGGAGAAGAGCAGCACCCCAAGGAAGAGGAAAGCCCCUCUGCCUCCCCUGGGCACCCCCAGCCAGCGGGCAGAGCUGGACGAGGGCUCGCUGCGCUCCAUGGAGAAGCAGAUCCAGGAGCUGGAGGAGCGGCUGGCGGUGCGGGAUGGUGAAAAGGAGCAGCUGGGCAAGGAGGUGGAGGCUCUGCGGAGCCGCUUGUCCUCACUGGAGAAUGAGAAGGAGAACACGAGCUACGACAUCGAGACACUGCAGGAUGAGGAGGGAGACCCGCUUGAGUUCCCAGGUAGGGCCCUGCCGGCCUCCUAAGGCCCCCGUGGGGCUGGGCAGCCCUCGGGGAGCUGGCACCCUGCAGCGGGGAGUGGGGGCAUGGGUGGGCAUGGUACUGGAGCCACAGGGGCAGUGCUGCGGCACUCCAAAAAGGCGCUGAGCCCCUCGGCCGAGGAGCUGCUGGCCACGCUGCAGGGGCAGGUCCAGUCCCUCACAGUGCAGAACAAGGAGCUGAGGGAGAAAAUACAG